AUGGCAGGGGAAGAAGAAGCAGCAGAGAGAAUAUAUAUUGCAGUAGGGAACGAAACUGCGAAGAACAAGUCAAAUAUCAUGUGGGCAAUAGAUAACUCUGAAGGGAACAAGAUCUGUAUCGUUCUUGUUCACCAACCUGCUCAAAUGAUUCCUGUUUUGGGUACCAAAUUCCAUGCUGCAACGGUAGAUGAAGAGUUAGUGAGAGCAUACAGAGAAAAACAAAAGGCGAAAUCAGACAAGAUUCUUGAUGAGUACCUUAGAAUUUGCCUUCAGAAAGGGGUCCAAGCAGAGAAGCUGUGCGUUGAGAUGGACUCGAUAGAGAAGGGAAUUUUGCAGAUAAUUUCUGAGAAGAGAGUCAGAAAGUUUGUAAUGGGAGCAGCUGCAGACAAACACUACUCAACGAAAAUGGUGGAUUUGAGAUCGAGUAAAGCUAUCUUUGUCAGCCAACACGCAUCCGUGACUUGUCACAUUAGGUUUGUCUGCAAAGGACAUCUAAUCCAUACAAGGGAACCUAGAAUGGAUGUCCAAACUCUCUUAUAUGGCUUUCAGGGGCCUAUGUCCACACAAAGUAGCAUCAAUUCAGAUAUGGAAAGCGAGGCGGAGGAGGAGGAAGAAGAAGAGGAGGAGAGAAUAUCACGAACCAGCUCAUGUCGGUCUGCUAGUACAUCGUCAUACUUUGGAGGAUCAGAAGCUUCAUCAGGUAUAGAUGAAGUUUCAUCAAUUAUAACGGAAGAGACAUCAAACCACUCACCUCCUCCUUCUUUACCUUGCAGCGGGAUGGGACGAGGCAUGAUAAACUUCAUGAUCAACUCCACCAAACUCUUGCAUAGGCUUGCCCUCCAAAACCACAAGCAGCCUGAGUGA